AUGGAACGAGGCGACGUUUCGACGAAAGGGCGGGAGGUUAUCGCCUCGGCUCGCCGCUACGCCUCCAACCUCACUGCUUCUUCGCCGCUCGACGACAUGAUACGAGCGUUGCUGCUGAUUUCUCUCUUCCGGAACGGUCUUCUCACCGAUCCGCCAUGCGAGAUAGACUUCGACUGCGCCGAAUGCAUCCCGGACGACAUGCCCCUAGUGAUGUCACAGCGCGCCGCCAACGGAUCGCUUUCAGUUUCCUCCGGCGACGAGAUGACCCUGUCGUGCGGUGAGGGCCGUCUGAUCGCCUAUCCCCUGCUGAGCGCGCUCACCGUGCUCUGCGAAGCAGGACGAUACCGCGUGCGACAGGACAACUCGCUCAGGACGCUGCUCGAGCUCGGGUGCCAGGCAAGCGUCUUCGAAGACGUGUUGCACGCGGUGGAGCACUGCGCGGCGCCGCUUCAAGGGCGAGCGUAUCAGACGGUGGAGCCGCAAGGUAACGCCCGCCACGUCGCCACCGUGUGCUUCGACGAGGACCGCGGCUCGCCCAUCGCGGCGCACAUGGUAAGCGCGCCGGCCGACAGGCUGCGGCUGCCGCCGCACUCCGACCGCCGGGCGCCGCUUACUCUGCUCGGCAACUUCAAUCACAUGUUCGACAGCAACACGCGCCAUCAGGCCGAGAAACUGUUCUCGUCGGACGCGCGCCUGAACCGGCAUCUCCGCGAGAUUUUCAAGCACGAGCGCUUCACUUUCGCCGACCAGACCCUGACGGGCGCCAAGCUACUCGACGGACGCUACUUCGACGAUCAAGACUGGCGCGUCGCGGAAUUCGUGUCGAACCGAGUGCUCGCGUGGGGCAGCGUGGCGAAAGGCAACCUCGCGCACGUGCAGCGGGACGUCGCAGAGCUCGUGAGGCGGGCUCGGCCCCGGGGCACGCUCGACGUGUACGCGGGCACCCACGGAGUGAUGUCCUUGCGAGCGGGCGGGGGCCGGCGCGACGUCCGCUUGAAGCCGCAGCGGUUCCCAGUGCCACAGUACGUGUGGACCGUGGUGCACGAGAGGAGCGAGCGGAAGGCGCUGGCCCUAAUCGUACUCAACGAUCCUUUCAUCGCGGUGAGCGAGAUACGCGAGAGGGUGUUCUGCGAGAGCGCGUGCGGACGCGUGUCUUGGCUGCACGAGACGCGGCGCUACCGCAACUACGAGGCGCCCCUCUACGGCCUCACCUUCUGCUGCCACGUCCGCAACUUCACCGGCCGUGUCCACGAAAUGCCUGAGAAAAUAGUGCGCGACGUGCCCGAGGGCGAUGACGGAUUGCUCACUUUUCUGAUAUAA